GUCAGUGGCAACGAGAGGUAUCACUUCCGAGUGAAAGGUCGUUCAAUUAUUUCAAGAUGGCUGUCUCCUCGCAGAUGGCAACCUCUGAGCUGUACUGCUGGGAAGGCGACUGGGGUUUACCGUCUGUCGACACUGAGUGUUUAAUUGUAUUGGCUUAUGCAAAGUUUGCAGGCGCACCCCUCAAACUUCACAAGAUCGGCAACCCCUGGAGAAGUCCCACUGGCUCCCUGCCUGCCCUGAAGACCAGCGAGAAUGGGAGCCUGUCUCGGCCCAGUGACAUCAUCAUCCACCUCAGGAAACAGAAAUACAAUGCCGACUUCGACCUGUCUGCCAAAGAGGGAGCAGACACUCUGGCCUUCAUCUCACUCCUGGAGGAAAAACUGAUGCCAGCUCUGGUCUAUACUCGGUGGAUUGACCCUAAGAACUAUGUGGAGGUGACUCGGCGUUGGCACGCGGAGCACGCCCCAUUCCCCCUGAACUUCUUCCUGCCCGGCAGCAUUCAGCGCCAGCAGCUCCAGAGGCUGAGGCUGGUCAGGGGAGACGAAGAGUUGACAGCAGGGGAGGAGGUGGAGAAGGAGCUGUACCGCGAUGCUAUGGAGUGUAUGAACCUUAUCUCGCAGAGGCUGGGCUCAAACAAGUUCUUCUUUGGAGACUCACCUUCAUCUCUAGAUGCUUUCGUCUUUGGCUACUUGGUGCCCAUCCUGAAGAUGAAACUGCCCAAUGGAAGACUCCAGCAGCACCUCAAGUCACUGGACAACCUGAGCCACUUCUGCUCCAACAUUCUGGCGCUCUACUUCCCCAGCGAGGGACGAGAAGGUAUCAGUCGCAAGGUGUCUUCCCAGCCUGAAGGGGGUGACGCUGACAAUGAGCCUGGUAAGAGGCGCAAGCAGCUGCUGUCAGUCCUAGUGGCCCUGGGCGCCAUGUUGAGCUACGCCCUCCUCACCGGCAUUGUGGCUAUUCAACACGUCCAGCAGGAGGCACUAGACCACCGUUCCCCAGGUCUCAGGUCACUCUCCUCCCACGGGGAAGAGGAGGAUGGGGAGGAGGAGGGCUGAGGAUGGGGAGGAGGAGACGGCCGCAACUCAAAACUGAUCUCCUGUCUCUAUUCCUAAUUCUUCGUUGACGCUCCCUCAUCAGUCUGGAAUGACUGGAAAGGUGUUAACCAAUAUGGCAGAAACUCCAGUUAGCCUUCUAGACUAGGUGGAACGUUUACUCUACUGCUGAUGCCUCAACAAUCCCUUCAGAUCCUGGAGGAGGAGUCAAUAGGAAGAAGGGGCAAGGGGUUGGUGUUUGAUUGGGCCAAAGCCGUAGAGUACGAUGAAGAGGAGGAGCAGCACUGUGGGAAUAUACAUUAAGAUGCUUCAACAUGUACCAAGAGUGCUUCAAUGUCUUACUUGGAGAAUGUUUGGAUGUUUUCUCUGCUUUAUUUUGACUGCCAUUGCAUGAUAAUCAUAGAUCCAAAUCAUGACGUCGCUUUGCUUUUCUCAAUUUCCUGGUGCUUUAUCUAAUCCAACUGAUUAUACUUUCGUGUGUAAAUUAUAUUAUUGAGGGAACAAAUCCCAGGUAGCAUUUGUGAAAAUUGAAAUGUUACUGAAUUCUUAGUAGCGUUAGCACAUUCUUUCUGAACACUUGCCAAGAUGACCACAAUCUCCACCACAGUAAACAGUGUGUGAGGUCUCUAGAUGUUUAAUAAUAAUAAUUUCAACAGAGGAAAUAAAGGGGUGACUUCUUGGUUUAUAUUAUUUUCAUAUUAUUGCUUGUCAGGCUGAGAACUGUUUUAUAAUUUUUCACCUACCAUGAAUUUGAGGGCCAAGCCUGAAGUUUGGGGCAUUUAAAUGUUUCUGGGCCGAUUCAAAAUCUUGUGGAAAUUGCCCUCCCCGGUGCAAUUUGUGCUCAAACAACGUAUGCAUAAUGUGUGCUGUAGUGAAGACUGUGCUGGCCCUAUUCCUGCAUUGCAGCAAGUCAAAGCAUCAUUCAAUACAAGAAACAGCGAAGUUCAAUAAAUCACUUUAAUUUUCCUAUA